AUGUACGUGGACGAUGUGCUGGACUCUUGCGAGACGGUUCAAGGAGCCAUAACCCUUAGACAACAAACAUCCGAGUUGGUGUCUGGCGCAGGCUUCAAUUUGAGGAAAUGGAUGUCAAACCAGGCUGAUGUUAUCAAAGAUGUUCCUGUUGAAGAUCGUCUUCCCGGAUUAGAGCUCAGUGAUGGUAGCCUGCCGACGUUGAAGACCCUGGGAGUUCUGUGGAAUGCCCGGCAAGAUAUCUUCAAGUUCGUGGUUCACCCUCCAUCGCUGACUGAAGGCCCGACCAAAAGAGAAGUCCUAAGUAGUAUAGCAAAGCUGUUUGAUCCAUUACAGUUUUUGGCUUCCUUCACUAUACGAGCGAAAUUAUUGUUGCAAAAGACAUUGGCAGCUGGAAUUGGUUGGGAAGACAAAAUGCCAGAAAAUUUGUGCAACGAAUGGAACAAUUGGGUAAAUGAACUGAGCGACUUAAACGGAUUCGAAGUCCCUCGCCCUCUACGCUUACCUGGACCUACGGACGUCUGGUUGCACACCUUCUCAGACGCAUCCCAAGAUGCUUACGCAGCAGUGUCUUAUCUUGUCAGUAAUUACGAAGAUCACGAAGCCACCUCACGGAUCGUCGCAUCCAAGAGUCGUGUCACGCCACUAAAGUCAGUUACUAUCCCAAGACUGGAACUCAUGGGAGCAGUACUCGCUACCCGACUGGCCAACAGCAUUCUCCAGACAUUGACAGUCAAUGAAGCAACGUACUGGACGGACUCAACGAACGUCCUGUAUUGGGUGCGUAACCAGAGCCGUGCAUUCAAGCCAUUUGUGGCCAAUCGAGUGGCAGAGAUACAGAGACAUUCCAACCCAGAACAAUGGCGACACAUACCUGGUGGAAUAAAUCCAGCCGACCUACCAACUCGUGGACUUUCAGCAACCAACCUUUGUGAAGACAAAUUAUGGAUGAAACGACCAGAGUUUUUGACGGAUGAAGAAAAACCAUUGCCAGAGAAAUUAUCGAAUCACGGUCCAUGUAGUGGCACGAUAAAACAAGAAGAAAAGAAAGUCCAAGUUUAUACAACGGAUAAGGAAGCCAGUGACGACAGCCGCCUGGAUCCAAAACGUUAUUCAUCUAUGACCCGCCUUAUUCGAGUUACGGCCUGGGUUAAACGUUUUAUCAAGAAUUGUAAGUCCCCGAUAAAUUCACGAGAUACAUCUAUUGUUCUGCAAAACGUCGAGAUUAAAACAGCGGAACUAUUCUGGAUCCGAAAAGCACAAGCCGAAAGUUUCGUCAACAAACAAAAGGACAAACGCCUAUUGAAAUUCUGCCCUAUAGUCGACAAAGAAGGCAUAUUAAGAGUGGAUGGCCGCCUCCGCCUUGCUGAAGAUUUACCUUACGACACAAGACAUCCAAUCAUAUUGCCUAAAGAUCAUCCGAUAAGCCGACUGGUUAUACUUGCUGCUCACGAAAAGAUCGGACACGGAACGGGAACAGAAUACCUCCUGACAGAACUUCGUUCGAGAUUUUGGAUUAUAAAAGGAAGAUUGACAGUUAGAACCCUAAUUGGUAAAUGUCCUGGAUGCAGACGAAGAUUCCUCACGAAGCCUUGUGGUCAAAAAAUGGCUCCCCUGCCUACUUCAAGAAUAACUUUACCCUUAAGAGCAUUUGAGCGAAUUGGCACAGAUUUCGCCGGACCAUUUCUGACGAAACAAGGACGUGGGAAGCCGCGGAUGAAACGAUACCUUUGCCUGUUUACCUGUCUAACUACCCGCGCAGUCCACCUGGAAAUGGCGUACAGCUUAGACACCGAUUCGUUUAUAAACGCAUUUGUGCGGUUAUGUGCACGGAGGGGGACGCCUUCUUAUGUUAUCUCGGACAACGGGACGAAUUUCGUGGCUGGAGAGAAGGAAAUACGAGAAAAAGUCAAGAGCUUCGAUCAGCAGAAGAUAAUGAAUAAGACGACUCGACACCAGUUAAUCGAGUGGAAAUUCAACCCCCCCUCCUCUCCACAUUUUGGAGGAGUCUUCGAGAGUAUGGUUAAGAGUGCAAAGAAGGCGAUGAGAGCAAUUUUAGGAGACGCUGACAUUACCGACGAAGAAUUACAUACAGCGAUUUGUGGAGCAGAAGGACUCCUUAAUUCAAGACCAAUCACCUAUGUCAGCUCAACUCCCGACGACCUGGAACCGCUGACUCCUAGCCACUUCCUGGUUGGGCAACUAGGUGGACAAUUCGCUCCUGACGUCACCCCCGAACAAGCCUUUAACCCCAAGAAACGUUGGAGACGUCUUCAACAACUAAUCGCUCAGAUCUGGAAAAGAUGGCGUAAAGAGUUCCUCCCAAGCCUCAACGUAAGAGGAAAGUGGUUCGAACCGAAGAGAGAGCUCAAACCCGGAGAUGUUGUUUUGGUGGUGGAUCAAAACGCUAAGCGAUAUGAAUGGCCUCUAGGACGUAUCCAGGAAAUCUAUCGAGGAGGUGAUGGACUUAUCAGAGUCGUAAAGAUUCGAGUAGGAGACAACGAAUAUAUCCGUCCUGUACACCGGCUGUGUCCGCUAGAACGGGACAACGGGAACGAAAGCGACAAACAAUAA